UUGAGUGGUGCUAUUCUUUUUGUUUUUUCGUUACAGUGACUCUGGAGGAAGGGAAUCAUCGUUUUGGGUAAACGAAGUGAGUCCAGAACUGGACAGGGCCCAACGGCAUUCGCUCGCAGCUCUUUGACAACUUUCCUCUCGGAAUCUACCCUGUAGUUUAGCUUUCCAACCAGAGGGUCAUCAGAGCCAGAAGAAAGUUUCGGUCACCUGUGGUCCACUGUGGUCCAGAAGCAGAUGGUCCCCAUUUGGACCUGUUGUCAGAAGAUUGGUAGUAGCCCAGUGCGACAUCACACGCCUGCGUCACACACCUCACCUCAUCUCAUCACGUGGGCAUUUCAUCAUCUCACAUCAUCACAAGAAGGAUGGCUUACACGAAGAUGUGCCUGCUCUACAUUUCCCUGGUGGUCCUGGGAGCCCUCUGUUUGUAUUUUAGCAUGUACAGUCUGACUCCUUUUAAAGAUGAGCCAUUUGUUUUCAAGAAAGAAAUGGGGAACUUCCUCCAGCUUCCAGAUAUCAAUUGCAAGCAGGAUCCCCCUUUCCUUGUCCUGCUGGUGACAUCCUCCCAUGAACAGAUGUUUGCUCGCACGGUCAUCCGGAACACGUGGGGGAAAGAAAAGAAUGUGAAUGGAAAACACAUAAAAACCUUCUUCCUUCUGGGAGUCACAGCCAGUAAGGACCUGUCGAAAGUUGUUGCGCAGGAAAGCCAGCGGCAUCACGACAUUAUCCAGAAGGACUUCAUGGACACCUACUUCAACCUGACCCUGAAGACCAUGAUGGGUAUCGAGUGGAUCCACCACUUCUGUCCUCAGGCGGCUUUCGUGAUGAAAACGGACUCGGACAUGUUUGUCAACAUCUACUACCUGACCGAGCUGCUCCUCAGGAAAAAUAGAACCACUCGGUUUUUCACCGGCUUCUUGAAACUGAACGAGUUUCCGAUUAGGGACAAGUUCAGCAAGUGGUUUGUCAGUAAAUACGAGUAUCCGUGGGAGAAGUACCCGCCCUUUUGCUCGGGCACUGGCUACGUGUUUUCCAGCGAUGUGGCGAGUCUGGUGUACGAAGUGUCCGACAGCGUCCCGUUCAUUAAACUCGAAGACGUCUUCAUGGGGCUCUGCCUGGCGAAACUGAAAAUUGGGCUGGAGGAACUCCACUCUGAGCAGACCUUUUUCCCAGACGGGUUGGCCUUUUCCACGUGUCGUUUUAAGAAGAUAGUGGCCUGCCAUUUCGUCAAGCCUCGCAACAUGCUCAGCUAUUGGCAUGCUCUGGAAAAUUCCCUGGAAGACGAGUGUCCAGCUGUCUGAGGGGAGCCCAGGGGCCCACGUGGACACACUUGAGGCAACCCACCCUGAGAGUGUCGGAAGAUCUUCAGGCGGCAUCGCUGAGGAUCAUUGUGCGGGCAGGGAGGGAGUGAGGAGGGAGGAGGGGGAGUCAGGUGAGGGUGAUUCCCUGUAGGGCUGCCCGUC